AUAAAAACAGUGUGGUACUGGCAAAAUAAAAAACCACCCAAAGAUCAACAGAAUAGAUUAAAAGACACUGAAACAGCUCCACACACAUAAGCUACCUCAUCUUUGACAAAGGUGCUAAGCACAUUCACUAGAAAGGACAGCCUCUGUAAUAAAUGGUGCUGGAAAAACUGACUUUCCACAUGCCAAAGAUUAAAACCGGACCCGUAUUUUUCACCAUCUACUAAGCUAAAAUCAGAAUGGAUUAGAGAUCUGAAUAUUAAAACAGAAACACUAAGUCUGCUGGAAAAUAGAGUAGGUAAAACUCUUGAAGACAUUGGUGGAGGCAAAGACUAUGAAUAAAACCCAGAAAUCACAGGAGUUACCACGAAGAAUCAACAAAUGGGAUCUCAUCCUACUGAAAAAGCUUUUGUACAACAAGAGAAACCACUAACAGAGUGAAGAAACAACCCACAAUGUGGGAAAAAAUGUUUGCCAGCUGUUCUUCAGAUGAAGGGUUAUUAUCAGGAACAUACACAGAUCUCAAAAAAAUGUCCUAGAUUUAAAGACCCAAUCCAAAAUGAUCUUCUGAGGUGAACACCCACUUUUCAGAUGAAGAAGUACAAACAGCAAAUAAAUACGUGAAAAAACGUUCAGCAGCACUGAGAUUUCACCUCCAGAAAGAAUGGCUAGUAUUAAGAAAUCAACCAAUGACAAAUGCUAAAGCACACCUACACAUUCAAUAAUUAGAGCUUCUAAAGGGAAAGGAACCCCUCUUCACUGUUGGUGGUGAUGCAGACUGGUGCAACCACUGUGAAAAUCAGCGUGGAGAUUCCUCAAAAAACUAGGAUUGGAGGUCCCAUUUGACCCAGCUAUUCAUUCUUGGUAUCUUCUCAAAAGAAUUAAAAACAUCAUACAACAGCAAUGUAUAUGCACCCAUGUUUAUUGCUAUAAAUUACAGUUUGUAAUAGCCAGAUCUUGAAAACAACUUAAAUACCCAUCAACUGAGGAAUGGAUAAAAAAGAUGUGCUAUUUCUAUACAAUGGAGUACUACUCAGUUAACUGGACACUUAAUGGAUGUGCUUUGAGAAUAUACUUAUUAGUAAAAUAAAUAAGACACAUCUGUAAACAUUGUAUUGUUUCAUUAAUGUGACAAGCUGAAAGAAAAAACAUGUAUAUGUAUAUUAAAAAAUAAGUUAGUUAAAAAAACAAAGAAGCAUAGUGGCCUCCUUUGUCAUCCACAUGUCCUGUUCAGAAGCAAAUUCAGUGCCUCCCUUCACUGAGCAUCUCUGUAGAUUCUGCUUUCCCUUCUACAUCCUGUUCAAGUCUUUUUGUCCCAGGGAGAAUGACCUCAGCCAAAGCAACAAUUCAGGUCACACUUGUCUUCACUUUAACCUACUGUGAACCAUCUUGAGUUGACUUUUGGAUGUCUCAAGAAGUUUUUGAUGUACUACAAGGUGGAGAAUUCUAAAGAUAAUGAAGAUGAUAUUCUACAAAGAGAAAUUCCUGCCAGACAAUCUCGACGAAGGUUUCGAAAAAUUAACUGUAAAGGAGAACGCCAAACCAUAACUGAUGAUGUGGACAUUAACAGCUAUCUUUCUCUUCCAGCUGAUCUUACCAAGAUGCAUCUCACAGACAGCCAUCAUCCACAGGUGACUCACGUGUCUUCUAGUCAGUCUGGGUGUAGCAUUGCCAGUGACUCUGGAAGCAGCAGUUUAUCUGAUAUUUAUCAGGCUACAGAGAGUGAAGUAGGAGAUGUAGAUUUAACUCGUCUUCCAGAAGGACCUGUUGAUUCUGAGGAUGAAGAAGAGGAAGAGGAAGAAAUUGAUCGAACAGAUCCAUUGCAGGGACGAGAUCUUGUUCGAGAAUGUCUUGAAAAAGAACCUGCAGACAAAACAGAUGAUGACAUUGAACAGUUACUUGAAUUUAUGCACCAGCUCCCUGCUUUUGCUAACAUGACAAUGUCAGUCAGGAGAGAGCUGUGCUCAGUGAUGAUUUUUGAAGUGGUGGAGCAAGCUGGAGCUGUCAUCCUUGAAGAUGGGCAAGAGCUCGACUCAUGGUAUGUUAUUUUGAAUGGCGCUGUAGAAAUUAGUCAUCCUGAUGGAAAAGUUGAAAAUCUCUUUAUGGGAAAUAGUUUUGGAAUUACUCCCACUCUGGAUAAACAGUACAUGUGUGGAAUUGUUCGGACUAAAGUAGAUGAUUGUCAGUUUGUCUGCAUAGCCCAGCGAGAUUAUUGGAGAAUUUUAAAUCAUGUAGAAAAAAAUACCCAUAAAGUUGAGGAAGAGGGAGAAAUUGUUAUGGUACAUGAACACCGGGAAUUAGACCGGAGUGGAACCAGGAAAGGACACAUUGUAAUCAAGGCAACACCUGAGCGUCUCAUCAUGCAUUUAAUAGAAGAACAUUCUAUUGUGGACCCCACAUAUAUAGAAGAUUUUCUAUUAACUUACAGGACAUUUCUUGAAAGUCCUUUGGAUGUUGGAAUCAAGCUAUUGGAAUGGUUUAAAAUUGACAAUUUAAGAGAUAAGGUGACACGGAUUGUAUUGUUGUGGGUAAAUAAUCAUUUUAAUGAUUUCGAAGGUGAUCCUGCUAUGACUCAAUUUCUAGAGGAAUUUGAAAAAAAUCUGGAAGAUACAAAAAUGAAUGGUCAUCUCCGGCUGUUGAAUAUUGCCUGUGCUGCAAAGGCUAAGUGGAGACAAGUUGUGCUGCAGAAGGCUUCCCGGGAGUCACCCCUGCAUUUUGCCCUCGCCGGAGGAAGUGAAAAGGGAUUUGGCAUUUUUGUUGAAGGAGUAGAACCUUGUAGCAAAGCUGCUGAUGCAGGACUGAAACGUGGUGACCAGAUAAUGGAAGUAAAUGGACAAAAUUUUGAAAAUAUUACGUUUGGGAAGGCUCUUGAAAUUUUGAGGAAUAAUACUCAUCUUGCACUUACUGUGAAGACCAACAUUUUUGUUUUCAAAGAGUUACUCAGUAGGACUGAACAAGAGAAAUCUGGUGUUCCUCAUAUUCCCAAAAUUGCUGAAAAAAAAAGUAAUCGUCAUUCAAUCCAAGAUGUACCAGGAGAUAUUGAACAGACCUCGCAGGAGAAAGGACAUAAGAAAGUUAAAGCAAAUACUGUUUCAGGUGGAAGAAACAAAAUCAGAAAGAUUUUGGAUAAAACACGGUUUAGUAUCUUACCUCCAAAACUAUUUAGUGAUGGAGGCCUGAGCCAGUCACAGGAUGACAGCAUUGUGGGAACGAGACACUGUAGACACAGCCUGGCUAUAAUGCCUAUUCCUGGGACACUCUCAUCCAGCAGUCCUGAUCUCCUGCAGCCAACUACCAGCAUGUUGGACUUUUCCAACCCUUCAGCUGUUGGUUUUUACUAUAUUCCUGAUCAAGUCAUAAGAGUUUUCAAAGCAGAUCAGCAAAGUUGCUACAUUAUCAUCAGUAAAGAUACUACAGCUAAAGAAGUGGUUUGUCACGCUGUUCAUGAAUUUGGCUUGACUGGUGCAUCUGACACAUACUCUCUCUGUGAAGUCUCUGUUACUCCCGAGGGCGUCAUAAAGCAGAGAAGACUUCCAGACCAGUUCUCCAAAUUAGCUGAUCGAAUUCAACUCAAUGGAAGGUACUAUUUGAAAAAUAACAUGGAAACAGAAACAUUAUGCUCAGAUGAAGAUGCUCAGGAGCUGCUUAAGGAAAGCCAGCUGUCCAUGCUACAGCUCAGUACCAUCGAGCUGGCCACCCAAUUGUCAAUGAGGGACUUUGAUUUAUUUCGUAACAUUGAGCCUACUGAGUACAUUGAUGACAUUUUUAAGUUGGACUCCAAAACAGGAAAUACUCACUUGAAGGAGUUUGAGGACACUGUAAACCAGGAGACAUUCUGGGUUGCCUCAGAGAUUUUAACAGAAUCAAAUCAGCUCAAACGAAUGAAAAUUAUUAAACAUUUUAUUAAGAUUGCACUUCAUUGUCGAGAAUGUAAAAAUUUCAAUUCUAUGUUCGCAGUUAUAAGUGGCUUGAACCUGGCACCUGUAGCACGGCUCAGAGGUACCUGGGAAAAGUUACCAAGCAAAUAUGAGAAACAUCUCCAAGACCUGCAAGACCUUUUUGAUCCAUCUAGAAACAUGGCAAAAUAUAGAAAUAUUCUUAGUAGUCAAAGCAUGCAGCCUCCAAUCAUUCCACUCUUCCCCGUUGUCAAGAAAGAUAUGACAUUUCUUCAUGAAGGAAAUGACUCCAAAGUAGAUGGUUUAGUAAACUUUGAGAAGCUAAGAAUGAUUUCUAAGGAAAUCCGUCAAGUUGUUCGCAUGACUUCUGCUAACAUGGACCCAGCUAUGAUGUUCCGACAGAGGAAGAAGAGGUGGCGGAGUCUGGGGUCACUGAGUCAAGGCAGCACAAAUUCAAACAUGUUGGAUGUUCAAGGAGGUGCUCAUAAGAAAAGGGCACGUCGCAGUUCUCUGCUCAAUGCCAAGAAGCUGUAUGAGGAUGCACAGAUGGCGAGGAAGGUGAAGCAGUAUCUAUGCAGUCUGGAGGUAGAGACGGACGAGGAGAAGUUCCAGAUGAUGUCGCUGCAGUGGGAGCCUGCAUAUGGUACCUUGACCAAGAAUUUAAAUGAGAAAAAAUCUGCCAAAUCAUCUGAAAUGUCUCCAGUGCCUAUGAGGUCAGUAAACCAGACAGCGAGAGCCCACUUGCAUCAGCCCCACAGAGCAAGCCAGGCGCUUCAGGUGCCAGCUGUUAAUCUGCACCCCGUGAGGAAGAAGGGACAAGCAAGAGACCCUGCACUGAGUACAAGUUUGCCUCAGAAAGCUUUAGGACCAACUGAAGAAAUAAGUGGUAAAAAACAUACAGAAGAUGCGAUUUCUGUGGCAUCAUCUUUACAUUCUAGUCCUCCUGCAUCUCCUCAAGGUUCCCCUCGCAAAGGUUACACACUUUUACCAUCAGCUAAAUCUGACAACUUGUCCGACUCCAGCCAUAGUGAGAUUUCUUCUCGGUCCAGCAUCGUGAGCAACUGUUCUGUUGACUCCAUGUCAGUAGCUCUGCAAGAUGAGCGCUGUUCCUCCCAGGCCUCUGCAGUCCCUGAGUCCACAGGGAUGCUGGAAAAGACAGAGCAUCUCUCAGUAGGAGACCAUGGACAUCUUGGACCUGGGUGGACACUCUCAAAGCCAUCUCUCAUCAAGGGUUUAGCUGUCUCAUCGUCUGUGAGCAACGAAGAGAUUUCUCACGAGCAUAUUGUUAUAGAAGCAGCUGACAGUGGUCGUGGAAGUUGGACUUCCUGUUCAAGCAGCUCCCAUGACAACUUCCAAAGCCUUCCAAACCCAAAAAGCUGGGACUUUCUGAGUGCUUACAGGCAUACCCAUUUGGAUGACCCCAUUGCUGAGGUGGACUCCACUGACGGGGAGCUCUAUUCCUGUCCUAAAGGCUGCUCUAGAACUUGCGGGCAGUGCAAAGGAAGCUUAGAAACCAGUCAGUUAAGACAGAGUUGGGCCUCCUCCAGUUCUCUCUCUGACACAUACGAGCCAAACUAUGGGACAGUUAAAAGGAGAGUUUUGGAAGCCACCCCUGCCGAGUUAUCAGAUGGCUUGGACCCAGUUUAUAAAACAGUCACUUCAAGUACAGAAAAGGGCUUGAUUGUGUACUGUGUCACCUCACCCAAGAAGGAUGGUAGGUAUAGGGAGCCACCUCCUACUCCUCCAGGAUAUGUGGGAAUUUCCUUAGCCGACCUAAAGGAAGGACCCCACCCGCACCUAAAACCUCCAGAGUAUAGUGUGGCUGUGCAGCGGUCAAAGAUGGUGCACAACAGCCUCGCUAGACUGCCAGCCGCCUGUCUCAGUGGCAGCCCCGUGGCCUGUGUCUCAUCGAAGAUUGUAACUCGGCCUCAGAGGCAUAAUUUGCAGGCAUCCCAUCCUAAACUAGCAGAUGUGACUGAUCCAGAUAGCGAAGCAGAUGAAAAUGAACAGGUGUCAGCAGUCUAGCCUUUGGGUGACCCACUGGAUGAUCCCUGAACGCCAGGGGGAAUGGACGGAACCUCGUGAUUCCAUUGGCCAAUGCCAACCCACAGCUCACUGCCACCGCUGGCCCGAGGUUCAUUGCCUGCACUCCAAGCAGUGAGACAGACUGAGUGAGUGCACUCCUUCCAUUUCACCCUGCAGGUGCGUGCUUCCCUCUGCUCGGACACUGUGUCUGGAAAUCACCGACAUCUGCACGCCAGACCUGCCUUGGGACCCCAUCACAGAGCAAACUCAGACCCAGCAGCGUGCACAUCCCCAUCUACGUCACUGUAGAUUUUCCUUUCACAGGUUAUUUUAAAGACAGUGUUAUUACUAUUUCCAAGCCAUAGCUGGGCUAAAAGAUGAAUUUAGAAUGGCUGCCAAUAUCAAGAAUAUUCUUGUGUUAUUUGAGAAGUUAACUUAUUAUUUGUAGUGUUGUGGUUUUGUUUGUAUUUGAGGGGUUUGUUUGAUUGUUUUGUUUAGCUCUUGUUGGCCAGUGUUUGUUUGAGACCAAAAAACCAUCUCUGGUCUGACCAAACAGAAGUCACCUGGACAGGUCGGACCUGCGUAGAGAUGGAACUUCUCCGCAGUGCCAGUGGGAUGGGGCCGGUCUCAGUGUGGUCGUCGUCGCCUAGGAAGUCCUCUGCAGUUGAAGUGUUAGGAACCUGCUGAUUGUGCUGUGAAGUGGUGCUGCACGGGGUUUCUUGUCAGUCCUUUGGGAAAAGAGGAGGUAGAUGGUGACAGAAAUGUCCCAGGAAGGAGGGUUGAUGUUAAGUGACAUGAUACAGGUUGUCUGUGAAGUGAACGUCACGCUGCAUCAAACCGUAAAAUAAGAGUAAAGAGCCAGGAGAAAGUGGGGUCGGGAGCAUUCUCCUCGGCAGAAAGUGUACUCUAACAUUUCUCACAACGCAAGGGUAGAGUUCUUGUUUCUUAGAGGUGUUUGUUGUCAUGAGGGCGAGCUGGCCGCUGCAGGGCUCCCCGGCACCUCACAGUGCCAGGCAUUCGAUCUUGAGGCUGAAUAAACUCACAGCUCUCGGCAAAGGUCAAAACCAGCAGGAAAAGAACUGCUCAAAAGUUCUGUGGGAGACGGAGGGGCGAGACUGACAGACACAGCUGUCUCUUGGUCAUUUAUCCCCAAGAGGACGUGCCUUUUUGGCCUCUUGGGCAUGGCACUCUUAAUUUAAAUAUUUAACUAAAAUUUCAGUAACUGUUUACUGGCUUAAGUGAAUUUUUCAUGAGUUUUAAUGUAUUCUGUGUAUGGUAAGUGUAAAUGUUUUCUUUUUUUUUUUAGUGUAAAGGCAAGUGAGAUUUCAUGAGAUUCUUAAAUUAUAAGAAAAAAAAGCCAAAGCCAUUGAGGUGCACUACUUAGACCAACUUGGAGCCAAAACAGAUUACUUCACAGUGGUCGUUCACACGUGGCCAUAUAAGAUUUAACUUGUGAUUUCUUCAUUUUAAGCAUUUAUAUUUUAUUCCCUAGUGUUCUUUUUCUGUACCCUAUCUCCUUCGUGUUAGUUUUUUUUUUUUUGUAAGACAAGGUCUUACUUUGUAGUUCAGGCUGGCCUUGGAUUUACUGGGUAGCCCAGGUUGGCCUCAGACAUUCAGCAAUCCUCCUGCCUCAGCAUCCUGAGUGCUGGUUAUCCCCUUCAUUUUAAAACCAUGUCACUAGGGCCAGGGAUACAGCUGAGUGGCACAGCACCUGCCUCGCAAGCACAAGGUCUUGAAUUCAAUUCCCAGUACCAAAAAUACUUUAAAAAUAUACACUGUGUGACUUCCAUGCAGUAAAUGGUAGUAGUUCAUUUUUCCUGUCAAAAUUGUUAACCAUAUUUUAGGGAAAAUAACAUGUCUAGAAAAUUCUCCCUUGGGGAAAAAUAGUAACAUGAAGCUUAGCCUUAGAAAUUAACGCCAGUAAUGUUAACAAUCAAGCCACCUGGCGCCACAGUUUUCUUGGUCCUUCAAAGUGAAAAGUUGCCUGAAUUCAAGCUCUGGCUUGAAAGUCACACUGUGAUGAUUUGACCUGUGAGCAGUAUCCUCCGAAUCCAGACUUUUUACUCACUGAUUUACGUAUUUUUGCUAUCACCACCUUUUUUAUCAGGUUUGGGUAUUUAUCUCACUGUUUUAUAUACAUGACUUCAGAAAACAGUGUGCUAUGUGCGCAGCGUCUCUAUGUAGCAUGUCGUCAAGCCAGACGGAAGCCUUACUUGUCCUUGUCGUUAACGGUGUAAAUAAUACCUUGCACAGAGAGCUGAGGCCUGUGGUUUUGGACUUGCACCAUGUCGCUGCCUUUGUUGUAUGUAGCUUUAACUAUGAUUGUUCAGAUCAGCUGAUCACAUUGAUCAGGAACUAAAACCAAAUGCUUUGCAGUUUGAUAUCCUUAAAAAAUAAACUUGAUUUUUUUAAUCUUAAUUUAGUUUACAUUUCUUCCAUUUCUUAGUUUAUCCUGUGACUAGAACAGCAAAGCCUUAACCUGUAUGUGCUCCAGUCCCAAAUCCCCAUUGUUUUGCUCAUUUUCACUCUUAAAUUGCUAACUGCAUUGGAGAGGUCGAUGCCUUCUCUUUCCCUGCAGCUUGACGCCCGCCCGGACUGCUGAGGCAGCAAACCCUCAGUGCAGGCUCUCACCGGCCGCUGCGUUCCAACACGUUUCUCAUAACACGAGUCUGGAGGACCGGGAGGUCCAGCACGGGCUUCUGUUCAAGUUUGCUUCUACUUGAGGCUUCGUUUCCUCCACGUUAUCACUUGGGAAGAAAACUCCUUCCACAAGUUGUCAUGACCUGACAUCUGCAUCACAUCCCACGUCUCCCCGAGGGGAGCAGCAGUCAUGGCCACGGAGUUUCUAAGAGUGGACUACAAAAGUGUUACCAAGGUUUCCUUACAUAGUUAGAAUAGAGAUUAUUUGGGUAGAAGUUUCUGCAAAACAUUAUUUACAGUGUUUGUAUCCCUUUAACAUUAAAGGCUGGAAAAAAAGAACAUCUUCCAGAGAGGCAAUCGCAGUACGUUUUCAGUUUCAAGCCUGAACCUCCACCCAUCUUUAGCAUUUGUUAUGCUUUUUCCUAAAGCUUAUUUUUAAUACACAGAAUGCAGCUGAACUUGAUCUUUUAAUAUGGGAAUGUGUAAGCUUAUGAAGAAACAAAAUUGCACAGUUGUAAUCAAAUCGCAAUUGUACUGCACAGUUCAGUGAUUGUAAGGUAUUCUGUAACAAGCAAUGUUUGUCUCCUAUUUUUUGAAACCUCUUAAGACUUACGUCUUUUAGAAAGACAGUGCCUCUGUAUGCUUUUUGUAUUUUUACUGAGUGUAAAUAUUUGUUAUAUUUUUGGUUAAGAAAUUGUAAAAGUACCAUUUAUUAUCACCAUAUCAAAUAAUGCAUUGGUGGAAUCAAUAAAGGAUCUGCAUUAA